AUGUGCAGUGCUAGGAACAGCAAAGAUACUGCGCAGAACCCUCAAGCUCCCUGGCCUCUGGUAGAGGACCCGAGCUUAGAGAGGGAUAACCGCCCGCGGAGGGCCAAAGCAAACCACACGGUGAAGGAGGAGGUGCUGGAGGAGGUGAUGGAGGAGGUUAUGGAGGAGGUGAUAGAAGAGGUGCUGGAGGAGGUGAUGGAGGAGGUGAUAGAGGAGGUGCUGGAGGAGGUGAUGGAGGAGGUGAUGGAGGAAGUGAUAGAGGAGGUGCUGGACAACUGGAGUUAA